AUGACUCAAAUGUCGAGGUAAGAGGAUUUUUGAAAAUUUUGGGGGUGAGGCUAAGAUUUUUUUUUAUUUUUUAUUUUUUAAUUUUUUUUUUUAUUGUAUAUUCUUUCAGAUCGAAUUGCAAAACAAUAUAUAUUUUUAAACAUGAAUGUUUGUUUCAUGUUCCACAACCAACUCAAAAAAUUGUAUUUAUUGGGGAAAACCCCGAAGAAGAAGAAGAAGCAAUCACCAAGUUGAAGAGAACCAAGGCGGAUAUUCAAUUGGAUGAAAACAAGAAAAAACAAUAUAUCGAAAGUUCUGAUUCAUCAACAAAUGCUUCGUCCGUCAGUCAAAAAUCAGCUCAAUCCACUCAGCGGAAAUAUUUCCAAUAUUUUUGA